UCCCUUCUAAACAGAUGUCCAAUCCAGGGCUUGUCUUGUCAGUGAUGAGAUGCAGAGAGACGACAGGUCAUAUAUAUAACUGCUCUCCUGCCCUCUCUCUGACUGUUAGAGGGGAUAGGUGUGAGUGAGGAUGUCUCUGCUGUUCUUGUGGUCUCUAUUUUACUCCCUCACACUCAGCACAUCCUCCACCCUAGCCACAGGCUCAGAGUGUGUUCUGCUGAGUGGCUUUGAUCCUGGGUUCGUGGCUGAUGGUGACUUUGUCAUUGGGGGUAUUUUCCCCCUGCACUACAACCAGGAGAUGCCAGACGUCAACUACACCUACCAACCAACAGCCGUCAGGUGCAAUGGGUUUGAUCCGAGGGCUUUCCGCUGGGCUCAGACCAUGAGGCUGGCGGUGGAGGAAAUCAACCAGAGUGAGCAGCUGCUGCCCAACCACAUGCUUGGCUACAAGAUCUUUGACUCGUGUGCCUAUCCUCUGACAGGGCAGAGGGCUGCUCUGGCAAUGUUGAAUGGACUGGGCCAGGCUCACACUCACAUGUGUUCUGGUGCCUCUCCUCUCCUGGCUGUUAUCGGAGAAUCCGGUUCUGCUCAGUCUAUUGUCGUAUCCAGAAUCCUGCAGCCCUUUAAAAUACCCAUGAUCAGCUACUUCUCGUCGUGCGCGUGCCUCGGUGACAGGAGGAAGUACCCCACCUUCUUCAGAGUAAUCCCCAACGAUGACUACCAGGUGAAGGCUAUGGCUCAGCUGCUGGUACGGUAUGACUGGCGCUGGGUGGGGGUGGUGCGUGGGGACCAUGAAUAUGGGCACUUUGCCCUACAAGGGCUGCUGAGGGAGCUAAUGGGGACGGGGGUGUGUGUGGCCUACCAGGAGAUGAUCCCUCUGCUCUACAAUCAGCAAAGGGCCCUGGAGAUCAUAGAGGUCAUGCGUAGCUCCACAGCGCGGGUAGUGGUGGUGUUCUCUGCCGAGGGGGAAAUGACCCCCUUCCUGAAGGACUACAUGGCACAGAAUAUCACAGGGAUCCAGUGGGUGGCCAGCGAGGCCUGGGUCACUGCCUCUCUCUUCACCACCAGCGAGUACUUCCCCUACCUGGGGGGCACCAUCGGCUUUGGGAUCAGGCAGGGACAAAUCCCAGGGCUCCGGGACUACCUGCAGACGGUGAACCCCGGCAGGUACCCCUCUAACCCCCUGGUGCAGCAGCUGUGGGAGGCUCUGUACGGCUGCUCUCCCUCUCUGUCCCCCUCCAGCACCCUGAUGCCCCCCUGCUCAGGGCAGGAGACUCUUCUGGAGCAGCACUCAGCCUACAUGAACACCUCCAGCCCCAGAGUGGCCUAUAAUGUGUACAAGGCUGUGUACGCCAUCGCUCACUCACUGCACAACCUCCUCCACUGCCAGGCUGGGGCAGGACCCUUCCACAACCGCUCCUGUGCUCACAGCACCAACGUUCACCCCUGGCAGCUGCAGCACUAUCUACAAGAACUUGCCUUUUACAUUUCUGGGGAGGAGGUGAACUUUGACCUGAAAGGGGAUUCCAUCCCGUACUAUGACAUCAUCAACUGGCAGAGGGGCUCGGGUGGGAACAUGGAGUUCAUCAACGUCGGUCUGUUCGACGGAGCAAAGGCCUCUGGGAAGGAGUUGGUGAUCCAGGAGGAGAAGAUCGUGUGGGCGGGGCAUCAGAGCAAGCUGGUGGUCUCCGUGUGCAGUGCCAGCUGUGCUCCAGGAUCCAGGAAGGCUGUCCGUCGUGGGGAACCUCUGUGCUGCUUUGACUGUGUACCAUGUGACAGCGGCAAGAUUAGUAAUCAGACAGAUUCUAUAGACUGCACAGAAUGUCCCGAGGACUACUGGUCAAACGCUGAUGGAACAAAGUGCAUCCCCAAAGUGGUGGAGUUCCUUUCCCAUGAUGCAAUGGGGAUAGCCCUGACGGUGAUCGCUGUAGUGGGCGCCUGUCUGACCGUGUCCAUCCUGGCAGUCUUCCUCCAUCACAGGACCACUCCCAUCGUCCGCGUCAACAACUCUGAGCUGAGUUUCUUUAUCCUUCUCUCCCUGACUCUGUGCUUCCUGUGUGCGCUGAUGUUCAUCGGGGAGCCCACCUCCUGGUCCUGCAUGCUGCGCCACACUGCCUUCAGCAUUACCUUCUCCCUCUGCAUCUCCUGCAUCCUGAGCAAGACUCUGGUGGUCUUGGCAGCCUUCACUGCCGCCAGGCCUGGGAACAACAUUAUGAAGUGGCUGGGGCCCAAACAGCAGAGGGUCAUCAUAUUCUCCUGCACCCUGGUUCAGGUGCUGAUCUGUGCUGCCUGGCUCAUGGCUGCCCCUCCCUACCCCUCCAAAAAUAUCCAGGACCAACGCUCUAAGAUCAUUCUGGAGUGCAGUGUGGGCUCCCAACUGGCCUUCUGGUGCGUUCUGGGAUACAUCGGCCUCUUGGCCUGUCUGUGCUUCAUCCUAGCUUUUCUGGCCCGGAAACUGCCAGGCAACUUUAAUGAGGCCAAAUUCAUCACCUUCAGCAUGCUGAUCUUCUGUGCCGUGUGGAUCUCCUUCAUCCCUGCCUACGUCAGCUCUCCUGGGAAGUAUACAGUAGCUGUAGAGAUCUUUGCCAUCCUGGCCUCCAGCUUUGGGCUGCUGUUCUGUCUGUUUGCUCCAAAAUGUUACAUCAUCCUCCUGAAGCCAGAGAAGAACACUAAACAACAUCUCAUGGGGAAUAAAAAGUAGUUCAUGAGUAAUACAAAAUGUAUUUUUCCUUAUGUGCUUUUGUUACUUAAAAUGUACAGUUUAUCAUAUAUGGGCUACAAUCUGCACUGAGUAUACAAAACAUUAACAACAUCUGAUCUUUCCAUGACAUAGACAAACCAUCUGAAUCCAGGUAAAAGCUAAGAUCCCGUAUUGAUGUCACUUGAUACAUCUACUUCAAUCAGUGUAGAUGAAGGAGAGGAGACGGGUUAAAGAAUGAUUUUUAAGCCUUGAGACAUGGAUUGUGUAUGAAAGAUUAGUGGAAUCUGUGUGGGUAGCAGGACAGGUAGGAUGACUGACAGUGAAGGUGAACAGGUGGUCCUGGGUCAGGUGAAAGAGGAAUGGAUGAGACUGAGGCAGGAAUUCCUUUAACCAUAAAGUGGUAUAUUUACUAGUCUGUGCUUCAUAACAAAGGAAACAGAAUAACAUGUAUCCAAUCAAAUUCAUGUAUCACAAAGAUCUAAUCAUAACAAUCAUUCAUUCUUAACAUAAUUGUUGGUUAUCACUGCAUUGUCGGAACUAGAAGAACAAGCAUUUCGCUACACUCGCAUUAACAUCUGCUAACCAUGUGUAUGUGACAAAUAAAAUUUGAUUUGAUUUGAUUUGAUUUAACUUAAAGUAAUAAUUAAUAAUAAUUAAUUAAUUUAAUUAGGUAAUUCAUUUCAAUAAGAAAUCAACAGAAAUCAUCCUUGAGUCAUUUAAGCUCAUAACUAUUCAUCAUAAUCAUGAGAAGACUAAUACAAAUAAUUCAAUCGGUGAUCAGUUAUUCAAUCUAUAAUCCCCAUCUGUUUGAUAUCAGAAUUGAUCAGUUCAGCAAACAAUGACGUUUCAUAUUUCACCUUUUCUUCAUAUGUACAUGUCAUUUCAUUACAUAUGAACCAUACAUCGAUGGUGUAAUUGGCCUGUGAUGAUCUGCAGGGCCCUAAUCAUUGACCAUUUACAUUACACAAUAGGCUUGAAGCGUGCGCUCCAAGCCGCGCUCUCCGCGGUAAUAACUAUAAUCAAUAAUUGAUAGCCCGCUCUUCCAAUGGCAACAGAUAGUUCAGAUGAAAAGGUAACAGAUUCGGUGGUAAAAGAUUCUGUGGAUUUACGUGGAUUCAUGGACGCACAUAAGUUCUGGAUUAGAAAGCAGAAGAGAAAGCAGCGAGAUAGGGCAAUGGCGAUUUCCUACUUUCAAUUAUUUUUAUGACCUGUCUGACAUUUCCACCUGACCUAAUUAAAGCGCCCCUGGCCCAGCUGAGUAAGUGGCCGUGAAUUAAAGGAUUCUUCCACCAACUCCAUGGGCCUUUUCUACAGCGUAUGUGUGUCAUUCAGAGGGUGAAUGGGCAAGACAAAAGAUUUAAGUGCCUUUGAAAGGGGUAUGGUAGUAGGUGCUAGGUUUGUGUCAAGAACUGCAAAGCUGCUGUUUUUUUCACACUCAACUGUUUCCCGUGUGUAUCAAGAAUGGUCCACCACCCAAAGGACAUCCAACCAACUUGACACAUCUGUGAGAAGCAUUGGAGUCAACAUGGGCCAGCAUCCCUGUGGAACUCUUUCGAUACCUUGUAGAUUCCAUGCCCCGACAAAUUGAGGCUGUUCUGAAGGGAAGAUGAGGGGGGCAACUCAAUAUCAGGAAUUUGUUCCUAGUGUUUAGUAAACUCCGUGUAUGCACUAUAUUGAAAAUGUUGUUUAACAAUGUGUAUCUUCCACCUCUGCAACCUUUGAGUAGAAACUUGAUGCUUGCAAAUAAGGAGUUACAAAAAAAAUUAAAUGUAUAUUUAUUCAUCUGGA